GAGAAGAAAGAAAAGAAAAAAAGGUUUCCCUUAUUAUGUGUAAUUUGGUGGAUACAAAUACAAAAAGCAUUGUUGAAGGGAGGGAGUUUUUUCACCCUUUCUGAAUUCACGGAGUGAAAGGCAAACCGCAAUGAAGGGAGCGAAGAAGCCGAUCAACGCCGUGAAGGCGUGGCUGAAGGCGCAGCCGCCCAAGGUGAAGGCGUUUCUGGCACUGGCAGUUGCCUUCUCCGCCAUCCUUUUCCUCCGCCUCGUCGUCGAGGACCACGAUAACCUCUUCAUCGCCGCCGAGGCCGUCCACGCCAUCGGCAUUUCCCUCCUCAUUUACAAGCUCACCAAGGGCAAAACCUGUGCUGGACUUUCACUGAAAUCACAGGAUCUCACAGCUUUGUUUUUAGCGGUAAGACUUUAUUGCAGUAUUGUCAUGGAGUAUGACAUACAUACGCUGCUUGACUUGGCUAUGUUGGCAACAACCAUAUGGGUCAUUUAUACCAUCCGCUUUAAGUUGAAUUCCAGCUUUAUGGAUGACAAAGAUACAUUUUCAAUGUACUAUUUGGUUGUACCAUGUGUUGUACUAGCUCUAGUUAUCCACCCAUCCACAAACCAUCACUUAUUCAACCGCAUUUGUUGGGCAUUUUGUGUGUAUAUGGAAGCUGUUUCAGUACUCCCACAACUGCAUGUCAUGCAGAAUACAAAGGUUAUUGAACCAUUCACCGCAAGUUAUGUUUUUGCACUGGGAAUUUCAAGGUUCCUAAGCUGUGCACACUGGAUUCUCCAGAUGAUAGAUACCCGAGGAAGGUUGUUAACAGCUUUAGGUAAUGGAAUGUGGCCACCAAUGGUCAUCCUUUCUGAAAUUGUCCAAACUUUUAUCCUGGCUGAUUUCUGCUACUACUAUGUUCAAUGCCUUUUUGGCGGGAGUCUCGUGAUGCGCAUUCCAUCUGGAGUAGUCUAACAUCAAGAUUUUGUGUAAGAAUCAAAUGGCACAGAAGUGGGUGCAAUUUUGGGAGGGUAUUCACUUUGCUUUGUUGGAAUCCCAUUUUUCAAUAGGUAUAGAUUUUGCUGUCUAGGCUGCUGCAUGGUGCCACUUCAGUUUAUACACUUCACAGAGUAGAAUGUAGAUGUACUUGUAUUAUCAAACAAUAUGUUGCAACCAAACUAGGCAAGGAAAGUGUACAAGGUCAUUAUGUAUUUGUGGGUUCUUG